CCAAUUUCCUUGAAGAUGACCUUUUUGGAUGCACUACAGGUAGUGCCCUGCUUGGUCCUGAUAUUCCCUGGAACUAUCACAUGCCCCGUACAGCAAGGAAUGAGCCGAGAAGCCAUUAAUGGACUCCUGGACAAUGCGAUCCGCAACGCAAAUAACGGCAUAAUUGAUUUAAAUGCUUUAUCAGUCAAGAGGUCAGAGGAAAUCAGGCCAGCGGAUAGCAUCAUUAGGUCACCGGAAGGAGAAACGGCUAGACUACAUUGCAAAGGAAGAGCGCCUGUGCCGGCCGGCCAAGAGGAGAAACCCCAAUUCUGGUUUAACGGAAGACGGAAACACAGCGGAGCGAGCGAAAGAAUUCCGGUCGAAGUGCAUCGGUGCAGUUGCCUCGGUGACUCGAACACAACACGCUUUUCUGCCGAAUAUGAAAUCGCCGAAAGCAAUCCUGUUACCGGGGAACUGAUUGUAGAUAUCCUGGCGUUUUCCCAUGCCCAAGCCGGGGAGUACGAAUGUAUACAGUUUAACGAUAGCCCCUUUCGUACCAUCCAGACAUUUUUCGCCAGUCCGACGGUCACGCCGUCCAGAGUUUUUCAGCCGCCGAUGCCUAAUGUAACAGUCAGGAUGGGUGACACCGCCCGCUUUCAAUGUUACGUGAAAUUUAUUGCCAUGCCGGGCGACUUUGGUGAUCGUUUUCUCUGGAGAAACGAGGAUCAUGUGAUUUAUGCCGAUGGGCUUAAGGAACUUCAAACCGGCAGUUCCACACUGUCGAAUUUCAGAUCCACUGUUUACGUCGGAACGGAUGGGUUCUGCCAUUGCCACUCAACUUUGGAAAUCUCUAGUGUGCAGGCCAACCACGCCGGGCGCUACCAGUGUUGGUUCAAGGUUGACGAUGUCUUCCAUGAAUGGAUUGCGCAAGAAUCUUAUCUAAUCGUGGCUACCUGAAAAUGGGGUACCUUGCGGAAUGGUUAUGGAAGCCACCUGCGACUGCAAUUAAUGGCUUGAGUUCACUGUUCACUAAUCAAAGGGAGAAAAUGACAAUACUGAUUCGUUAUGUUUUAUUGCGUAUUGUCGAGCUAUGGAAGCGCAGCCAGGCUGUUACGUUUGUCAGCUAAUGAGCUCCUGGACAUUAGUGGACAAUGCCAUCCGCAGCGCAAAAAGCGGCAUCAUUGGUAGCAUUGCUUAACCAUGGAAUGUCGAUAAAUGUUUUCUACAGAUCGCUACCUUUAACGAAUUCAUGCGCAAGUGCAAGAAAUCUUGCGCGUGUUUUUUGUUUCUAAGCUUCUAAAACCUUGUAUGGCAUAACGUACACAGCUCCCGGUACUCAGCUGGGCAUAUGGCUCGAGCGGAUACAUUUGCACAUGCAGUUCAUUAAA